AUACAAAUUUUUUUCUCAGCUAAGAAAGUUUCAGAAAAUUUUAAUUCAUUCAAAUUUUUGUGUCAUUUCUGUGUGAUUAAUUGACUUUUAAACAUGGUUCGUGGUAAUAUUCGUGGUGGUCGUACAGGAGCUCGAGUUGGAAUGCGAGGAACUUUCCCUAAAAAGACUAGUUUUAUCCCCCGUCAUCCAUUCGACCUCAACGUUAUCGAGCAUUCAGUCCAUUUCCCAAGAGUUGCCUCAAAUCCAGCACCAGAUGACACAGCACUCCUCAAUACUCUCACCAAACGUAAUCAAGACUUAACUCCAACCGAUAAGGAGCAACAAGCACUCAACAAUCUUCUCAACAAAGUCACAACAGUCCUCGAUAACUUAGUCGUUGCUCCUGGAGAUUUUGACAAAUGUCAAUUAGAGGAAGUCAGGCAGGUGGGAAGUUAUAAGAAAGGAACAAUGAGAACUGGAAAGAAUAUUGCUGAUGUUGUUGUCAUCUUCAAGACAAUUCCAACAAAAGAGUCGAUUGAAGCUUUAUCCAAAAAAGUUGAGGAACUGCUUAAGGAAAGCAUGAAGACUGAAGUCAUCUCAAAAACUGAAAUGAUUACUGUCCAGAUCACAGAAAAGGGCUUCGACAUCUUCAACUGGCAAGCACGCGUUUGCAUCUUAAUUGCAACAGUUCCACCAAAUAUUCGUAAAGUUGAGAAUCCAGAAAUGCAGAAACAUCUCGUCAACAGCUUAUCAGCAAUUCGUCACAUCCGAUUUUUUGAAGAAAACUCAAAUUCCAGCGUCAAAGUCUUGAUUCGAAUCCUUCGUGACAUUGCAACACGAUUUGAGGCAUUCUCAGUCAUGAAUCCAUGGAUGAUUGAGCUCUUGGCCAACUUUGCAAUCCUCUCGAAUUCAAAUCGUCAGGCAUUGUCCAUCAAUCAAGCAUUUCGUCGAGUUUUUCAACUUUUAGCUUCCGGAUUGUUUCUUCCUGGUUCGUCAGGUCUUCUUGAUCCAUGCGAAAAUGUUCCAGUUCGUGUCCACACAUGCUUAACAUUAGAGCAACAAGAUAAUCUCUGCAUGACUGCACAAACAUUACUCCGUGUCCUUAAACAUGGUGGCUAUAAAGUAAUUCUCGGUAUUGACAAGAAAGAAAAUUUGAUUGCAGAAAUGAGCGUGUUUGAUGGUGUUGUCAUUAGUCCACUGAAACUAGCUUAUGAGCCACAAACUGAUGCUGAAAAACAGAACGAAGAUGAUGACAUGGAUACUGAUAAUUUGGAAGAUAGUAUGGAGUAAGGACGGGG